UUUCUACUUUUCAUUAACUGCGAGUUGGCAUGUGCACAUAUCCGUGUACAUAUGCUCUAACGUGUGCUUGUGUGUGUGUUGCAGACGGCUAAGUAGUAUACAUCAAUAAUUGGAACAAGGAACGCAUCCAUCUCGCAAUAAACAAACCUGCCAUUCAUGAUCCAGAGCUUCGAGUCGUUGUGGACCUUACUCGUAUGUAUGUAUGUAAAUGACUCUGUCUUCAAUGCAACUGUGCCCACAGGCAUGAUAAAGUCCGUACUGCUGCAAGGGAGAACGACUCUUAAUUUUGGUGUACAAUAGAAGUGAAUAGAUUUGCUGCUGGCUGUUGGUUCGACGGACGUCAAAUCAGAAUCAGCAUAGGAGUACGGGUGCGUACGAGAUCGAGUGGAUAGCAAAGUGCUAAACAGUGACAGUGUGAAAUGGCAAUGAAGACGUCGGGCAAAAUGUAUUUGGUUAAUAGUAGCCUCGUCUAUGGCGUGACAAUUGUACUCCUGGCGCUUGCUUAUGGAGCGCAGCAAGUUGACGCUCAGAAUCCGCCGCAGCAACAGGUGUGUCCGGAGCAAAAUGACAUCGCGCCCUGCAUAUGUACCUUGAAGAAAAAUGGAUUGGAUAUUUUGUGUGAAACGACAGACUUGGCGCAUAUAACCAAAUCGAUGGGCACCCUGAAAGGACAGAGUCCCAUCAUUUUCUAUUUGAAAUUACGCCACAACAACCUGCCCAAACUGCAAGGUUUUGUUUUCCUCGCUCUGGACAUUCGUCACUUGACAAUCCACAACAGUAGUUUGGCAGCCAUAGAAGAGAAUGCGCUCAGCUCUUUGGGUAAUGGACUUACACAGUUGGAUGUGUCGCUUAAUCAAAUGAAAACGGUGCCAUCAGCCGCUUUAAAGCAUCUCUUCCAUUUGCUGAUCCUGAAUUUGAAUCAUAACAAAAUUAGCGUCAUUCACGAUAAUGCUUUUGAUGGCUUGGAUACUUUGGAAAUACUUACCUUAUACGAGAACAAAAUUACUACGAUUGACCCGGAGGCGUUUAGAGGAGUCGAGAAAAAACUUAAACGCUUAAAUCUUGGCGGCAACGAUCUCAUGACAAUUCCACAAAAAGCUCUCUCUAUACUGGACGCUCUGAAAAAAUUGGAAAUUCAAGAAAAUAAAAUCAGCAGCAUACACGAGGGCGAUUUCGCAGGAAUGGAAAGCUUGGACUCAUUGAUUUUGGCACACAACAUGAUCACCACCGUUCCUGCCAACGUAUUUUCCCAACUUAGUCUUUUGAACUCAUUGGAACUGGAAGGAAAUAAAAUAAGAACAAUUGACAAAGACGCUUUCAAGGGAUUGGAAGAGAAUCUUCAAUAUCUGCGCUUGGGGGACAACAAUAUUCAAUCCAUUCCCAGUGAAGCUUUACGUCCACUGCAUCGUUUGCGUCAUUUAGAUUUAAGGAAUAACAACAUAAGUUUUAUACAAGAAGAUGCUUUCGCCGGCUAUGGAGACUCACUUGCAUUCCUCGAUUUUCAGAAGAAUGACAUAAAAGUUUUGCCGAGUAUGAUUUUUGAAAAUCUCAACUCUCUGGAGACACUUAAUAUCCAAAACAACAAACUAUCGCGCAUACCGCAAGAUAUUAUGGAGCCAAUCACUGACACGUUACGCAUUAUCGAUAUAACAGAUAAUCCUUUGAUAUGUUCGUGCGAGCUUACUUGGUUCCCGAAGCUCUUGCAGGAUCUAAAGAAUCGAGAUGACGAAAUGGCGCAGAAGAAGAAGCCCACUUGCCACAUGCCUAUCGAAAAUCGACAAUACUACGUACAAGCAAUGCCAUUGGAGAAGAUGCACUGUGUGGGCACAAGCGCUGGCGCGUCGAUCUACAUGAAUAUGCUGUUGCAUGUGCCGCAUUUGCGUCUGCUCACCAGCGUGGCGCUUAGCAUAUUUGCGACAGUGGUUCGAUUUUAAAAAGCAACGCAGCAGCACACAAAUGAGCAGUGGUUUCAGUACAUCCACUGGCUCUGAAAUUCAUUUGUAAAAAAAUGUGUUCAGUUAAAAAAGAGCGAUUUUCUUGGGAUUUGGAAAAAGUUGAUGCGAAUAUUGAGCGAAUCGAAUGGGAUGGAGAGAGGAAGUGUGUACGCAUCCCUUCAUAUUGCAGGCAAAGGCGAAGGAGGUGCAUACGCACAUGCAAACACUGGGAUAUUUCCCCGUAACGGUACAACUGCUGAAGAGUGUCAGCCAUAGAUACGCGCGCAAUAUAUAACUGUCUAGAAUUUAUUGUUCAAAAUCCAACACACACACACAUACAUAUCAUGAAGAGAUGCCAUUCUUACGCACAUACACAUACAUAUCAAUAUCUUUAUAUGGAAUAAGUACCUACUAAGU